UUCUUUGGCAAGGCAAAGAUACUUUUAUAGAAGCCAUGCCUGUCCUUGGGGUUGCCUCAAAGCUGAGACAGCCAGCUGUUGGGUCAAAGCCUGUUCACACUGCUCUUCCGAUACCAAAUCUUGGCAUCAGUGUGUCACAGCGCUGUUCUUCAAGACCUUUGGAAUUCGCUACACCGGAGCACUUGAUGCUUUCUUGUCAGCUCACAUUAAAAUCAACCUGUGAGUUUGGAGAGAAGAGAGCCCUGCAGAGAGCAGCCAAGGAGAAAGAAGACAGCAAGAUUUACACGGACUGGGCCAACCACUACCUGGCAAAAUCUGGCCACAAGCGGCUGAUUAAGGAUUUGCAGCAGGACAUUGCGGACGGGGUCCUUCUGGCUGAGAUCAUCCAGACCAUCGCAAAUGAGAAAGUGGAAGAUAUCAAUGGAUGUCCUAGAAGUCAGUCUCAGAUGAUUGAAAAUGUUGAGGUCUGCCUUAGUUUUCUAGCAGCCCGAGGAGUAAAUGUCCAAGGCCUGUCGGCUGAAGAAAUAAGAAAUGGAAACUUAAAAGCCAUUCUAGGACUGUUUUUCAGUUUGUCUCGAUACAAGCAGCAACAGCACCAUCAACAGCAGUAUUACCAAUCCCUGGUGGAACUUCAACAGCGAGUGACCCACACUGCUCCUCAGUCAGAAGCCAGUCAGGUCAAAACCCAGCAAGAUAUGCAGUCUAGUCUGACAGCCAGAUAUGCAGCUCAGUGUAAUCACAGUGGAAUUGCAACCAGUCAGAAAAAGCCUACUAGGCUUCCGGGGCCCUCUAGGGUACCAGCUGGGAGCAGCAGCAACAAGGCUCAAGGUGCCUCCAAUCUGAAUAGGAGAAGUCAGAGCUUUAACAGCAUUGACAAAAACAAGCCUCCCAGUUAUGCAAAUGGAAAUGAAAAAGAUUCCUCCAAAGGACCUCAACCAUCUUCAGGUAUUAAUGGAAACACACAGCCUCUCAGUACUUCUGGGCAACCCCCAGCCUCUGCCAUCCCUUCCCCAAGUGCCAGCAAGCCCUGGCGCAGCAAAUCCAUGAAUGUCAAGCACAGUGCCACCUCCACCAUGCUGACGGUGAAGCAGCCAAGUCCAGCCACCUCUCCCACUCCACCUUCAGACAGACUGAAGCCCCCUGUCACAGAAGGGGUCAAAAGUGCUCCCUCGGGACAGAAAUCUAUGCUUGAAAAAUUCAAGCUGGUUAAUGCUCGGACUGCGUUGCGUCCCCCUCAGUCUCCCAGUUCAGGACCUGCUGAAGGUGGGAAGGAUGACGAUGCCUGUUCUGAAUCUGGAGAAAUAGAAGGUUUUAACAGUGGUCUGAAUAGCGGUGGUUCAACAAGCAGCAGUCCCAAAGUGUCACCUAAAUUAGCCCCUCCGAAAGCAGGAAGCAAAAAUUUCAGCAAUAAAAAGUCUUUGUUGCAGCCAAAAGAAAAGGAGGACAAGGGCAGGGACAAAAAUAAAACCGGCACCGAAAAGUCGGGGAAGGAAGAGAAGGACCAGGUGACGGAGGCAGCCCCCAAAAAGACCUCUAAAAUCGCUAGCUUGAUCCCAAAGGGCGGCAAGACUGCGGCCGCCAAGAAAGAAAGCUUAAUUCCAUCCUCCAGUGGGAUUCCAAAGCCGGGCUCAAAGGUACCCACAGCAAAGCAAACUAUUUCACCAGGCAGCGCAGCAAGCAAAGAGUCCGAGAAAUUCAGGACUACCAAGGGAAGCCCUUCUCAGGCCUUCCCCAAGCCCAUCUCCUCGGAGAAAGCUAGCACACAUGGGCUCUCUGCUCCUCAGGACGGGAGGGAAGCUGCCCAUGCAUCUCCCUCUAGUUCCUGCGCUAUGCCCGUGGCACAAGGCAGUGGGCAGAGCAUUGUCAACGGAGCUGUCCAACUGCCCCAGCAACAGCAGCAUAGUCAUCCCAACACGGCCACGGUGGCUCCGUUCAUUUACAGAGCACAUUCAGAAAAUGAAGGCACCUCUUUACCAUCUGCUGACUCCUGUACCAGUCCCACGAAGAUGGACUCAUCAUAUAAUAAGACGGCUAAGCAGUGCCUAGAGGAGAUAUCUGGUGAAGACCCUGAAACUAGAAGAAUGCGCACAGUCAAGAACAUAGCAGAUCUGAGGCAGAACUUGGAAGAGACGAUGUCCAGUCUUCGUGGGACCCAGAUAAGCCACAGCACCCUGGAGACAACAUUUGAUACUACUGUGACAACUGAAGUAAAUGGAAGAACCAUCCCCAACCUGACAAGCCGACCAACGCCCAUGACUUGGAGACUGGGGCAGGCGUGUCCUCGUCUUCAGGCUGGAGAUGCUCCCUCCAUGGGUGCCGGAUACCCUCGAAGUGGUACCAGCCGAUUCAUCCACACAGACCCAUCCAGGUUCAUGUACACAACACCCCUCCGCAGAGCCGCUGUCUCUCGUCUGGGAAACAUGUCACAGAUAGAUAUGAGUGAGAAAGCAAGCAGUGACCUGGAUGUGUCUUCUGAAGUGGAUGUUGGUGGAUACAUGAGUGAUGGUGAUAUCCUUGGGAAGAGUUUGAGAGCUGACGACAUCAACAGUGGGUACAUGACAGAUGGUGGGCUCAACCUGUACACUAGAAGUCUGAACCGGGUACCAGACACAGCAACUUCCAGGGAUGUCAUACAGAGAGGAGUUCAUGAUGUGACAGUGGAUGCAGACAGCUGGGAUGACAGUAGUUCAGUGAGCAGCGGUCUCAGUGAUACCCUGGAUAACAUCAGCACAGAUGACCUGAACACUGCGUCCUCCCUCAGCUCUUACUCCAACAUCACUGUCCCCUCCAGGAAGAAGACUCAGCUGAAGACAGAUGCGGAGAAACGGUCAACAGGUGACGAGACUUGGGACAGUCCAGAGGAGGCUAAGAAGACCGAAGAGGACUUUGACGGCCACGGUGAUGGAGGUGCCAAGUGGAAGGAUACUAGUUCUGGACUUGCUGAAGACUCUGAGAAGACAGGCGGGCAGAAAGCGGCCCUGUCUGUGUCUCAGACUGGCUCCUGGAGGAGAGGCAUGUCUGCCCAAGGAGGAACACCAGCUAGGCAGAAAACCGGCACAAGUGCACUCAAGACCCCGGGGAAGACAGAUGAUGCCAAAGCUUCAGAGAAAGGGAAAACACCCCUGAAAGGAUCAUCCUUGCAGAGGUCCCCUUCGGAUGCAGGGAAAAGCAGCGGAGAUGAAGGGAAAAAGCCACCCUCGGGCAUUGGCAGAUCAUCAGCCAGCAAUUCUUUUGGUUAUAAGAAGCCAAGUGGUGUAGGAUCUUCUACCAUGAUUACCAGCAGUGGUGCCACCAUAACUAGCGGGUCAGCUACGCUGGGGAAGAUACCCAAAUCGGCUGCCAUUGGUGGGAAGUCAAAUGCAGGAAGGAAAACCAGCCUAGAUGGGUCCCAGAAUCAAGAUGACGGUGUCCUGCAUGUGAGCUCCAAGACCACCCUCCAGUACCGAAGCUUGCCUCGCCCUUCCAAGUCCAGCACCAGUGGCAUCCCUGGGCGAGGUGGCCACAGAUCCAGUACCAGCAGCAUUGACUCCAACGUCAGCAGCAAGUCGGCUGGGGCCACCACCUCCAAACUGAGAGAACCCACUAAGAUCGGCUCAGGGCGCUCAAGUCCAGUCACUGUCAACCAAACAGACAAAGAGAAGGAGAAAGUUGCUGUCUCAGAUUCAGAGAGUGUUUCUUUGUCAGGUUCCCCCAAAUCCAGCCCCACCUCUGCCAGUGCCUGUGGUACGCAAGGGCUCAGACAGCCAGGGUCCAAAUAUCCAGAUAUUGCCUCCCCUACAUUUCGAAGGUUGUUUGGUGCCAAGGCAGGUGGCAAAUCUGCCUCUGCACCUAAUACUGAGGGUGUGAAAUCCUCCUCAGUAGUGCCCAGCCCUAGUACCUCAUUAGCGCGACAAGGCAGUCUGGAGUCACCGUCGUCUGGUACGGGCAGCAUGGGCAGUGCUGGUGGGCUGAGCGGCAACAGCAGCCCUCUCUUCAAUAAGCCCUCAGACCUAACUACAGAUGUUAUAAGCUUAAGUCACUCCUUGGCUUCCAGCCCAGCGUCGGUUCACUCUUUCACAUCGGGUGGUCUUGUGUGGGCUGCCAAUCUGAGCAGUUCCUCUGCUGGCAGCAAGGACACUCCGAGUUACCAGUCCAUGACUAGUCUCCAUACGAGCUCUGAGUCAAUUGACCUGCCCCUCAGCCAUCAUGGCUCGCUGUCUGGACUGACCACAGGCACUCACGAGGUGCAGAGCCUGCUCACCAGAACGGGUAGUGUGAGAUCUACUCUCUCAGAAAGCAUGCAGCUUGACAGAAAUACACUACCCAAAAAGGGACUAAGAUACACCCCAUCGUCUCGGCAGGCCAACCAAGAAGAAGGCAAAGAGUGGCUGCGUUCCCACUCCACUGGAGGGCUGCAGGACACUGGCAACCAGUCACCCCUGGUCUCCCCUUCUGCUAUGUCAUCUUCAGCCACAGGAAAAUACCACUUUUCCAAUUUGGUGAGUCCCACCAACCUUUCUCAAUUUAACCUUCCUGGGCCCAGUAUGAUGCGCUCCAACAGCAUUCCUGCCCAAGACUCCUCCUUCGACCUGUAUGACGAUGCCCAGCUCUGUGGUAGUGCCACUUCUCUGGAGGAAAGGCCGCGUGCUAUCAGCCAUUCGGGGUCAUUCAGAGACAGCAUGGAGGAAGUUCAUGGCUCUUCCCUGUCGUUGGUCUCUAGCACAUCUUCUGUUUACUCUACGGCUGAAGAGAAGGCUCAUUCAGAGCAAAUCCAUAAGCUACGGAGAGAACUGGUUGCAUCUCAGGAGAAAGUUGCUACCCUCACAUCUCAGCUGUCGGCAAAUGCUCACCUAGUAGCGGCUUUUGAAAAGAGUUUAGGGAAUAUGACUGGCCGAUUGCAGAGUCUGACCAUGACAGCAGAACAGAAGGAAUCUGAACUCAUAGAACUACGGGAAACCAUUGAAAUGUUGAAAGCCCAGAACUCUGCUGCCCAGGCGGCCAUUCAGGGCGCGCUGAAUGGCCCAGACCACCCUCCCAAAGAUCUCCGCAUCAGAAGGCAGCAUUCCUCCGAGAGUGUUUCUAGUAUCAACAGCGCCACGAGCCACUCCAGCAUUGGCAGUGGUAAUGAUGCUGACUCCAAGAAAAAGAAGAAGAAGAACUGGUUUGUACUGUCAGCAGGAUAUGACUUGAUUGUAGCGCUAAAGUGGCCAUUUAAAACAAAUUGCCUUGAAGAGAGAAGUCUUGGGAACAGAGAUCCCUUCAAGCUGAGAAGCUCUUUCAAACAAGCCUUUGGGAAGAAAAAGUCCACCAAGCCACCUUCCUCACAUUCGGACAUUGAAGAGCUGACAGAUUCCUCUCUGCCAGCAUCGCCCAAGCUACCCCACAAUGCUGGUGACUGUGGUUCCACAUCCAUGAAGCCCUCCCAGUCAGCUUCAGCGAUCUGUGAAUGCACGGAGGCUGAGGCAGAGAUCAUUCUGCAGCUGAAGAGCGAGCUCAGAGAAAAGGAAUUAAAAUUAACGGAUAUAAGGCUGGAGGCCCUCAGCUCAGCCCAUCACCUUGAUCAGAUCCGGGAAGCCAUGAACCGGAUGCAGAAUGAAAUUGAAAUAUUGAAAGCUGAAAAUGACCGGUUGAAGGCGGAGACCGGUAACACAGUUAAACCUGCUCGGCCUCCAUCAGAGUCCUCAAGCACAGCGUCUUCCUCUUCCUCUCGCCAGUCCUUAGGGCUUUCGCUCAACAACCUGAACAUCACAGAGUCGGUUACCUCAGAUAUUUUGCUAGAUGACACUGGUGACGCAGCUGGACAUAAGGAUGGCCGCAGUGUGAAAAUUAUAGUCUCCAUAAGCAAGGGCUAUGGUCGAGCAAAGGACCAGAAGUCUCAGGCAUAUUUGAUAGGAUCCAUUGGUGUCAGUGGAAAAACUAAAUGGGAUGUCUUAGAUGGUGUCAUUAGGCGUCUCUUUAAGGAGUAUGUGUCCCGAAUUGACACAUCCUCUAGUCUUGGACUGAGCUCUGACUGUAUCGCCAGCUACUGUAUAGGAGACUUAAUUAGAUCUCAUAACCUAGAUGUGCCUGAACUUCUGCCUUGUGGGUACCUGGUUGGAGACAAUAAUGUCAUCACUGUGAGCCUGAAAGGAGUAGAAGAAAAUAGUCUGGACAGUUUUGUUUUUGAUACACUGAUCCCUAAAUCAAUUACCCAAAGGUACUUUAAUUUGCUGAUGGAGCACCAUAGAAUUAUACUCUCAGGACCAAGUGGUACUGGAAAGACCUAUUUAGCAAACAAACUUGCUGAAUAUGUAAUAGCCAAGUCUGGGAGGAAAAAAACAGAGGAUGCAAUUGCUACCUUUAAUGUGGACCACAAGUCAAGCAAGGAACUGCAGCAGUAUCUUGCCAACCUGGCUGAGCAGUGCAGUGCUGACAAUAAUGGUGUGGAGCUCCCUGUUGUCAUAAUUCUGGAUAAUCUUCACCAUGUGGGCUCUUUGAGUGAUAUCUUCAAUGGUUUCCUCAACUGUAAAUACAACAAAUGUCCAUAUAUUAUUGGGACAAUGAAUCAGGGAGUCUCUUCAUCACCAAACUUAGAGCUACAUCACAAUUUCAGGUGGGUAUUAUGUGCAAACCACACGGAACCAGUGAAAGGCUUUUUAGGCAGGUAUCUUCGAAGGAAACUGAUAGAGAUGGAAAUUGAAAGGAAUAUACGCAAUAAUGACCUAGUCAAAAUCAUAGAUUGGAUUCCUAAGACAUGGCAUCAUCUCAAUAGCUUUUUGGAAACACAUAGCUCUUCUGAUGUCACUAUCGGUCCUCGGCUUUUCCUUCCGUGCCCCAUGGAUGUGGAAGGUUCUAGGGUGUGGUUCAUGGACCUUUGGAAUUAUUCCUUGGUACCUUACAUUCUGGAAGCAGUGAGAGAAGGCCUUCAGAUGUACGGAAAACGUGCACCAUGGGAAGAUCCAUCCAAGUGGGUCCUUGAAACCUACCCAUGGAACGCCGCAUCCCUGACUCAGGAGGGCCCAGCACUAUUGCAGUUGAGACCAGAAGAUGUUGGCUAUGAGGGCUACACAACUGUGAAGGAAGCCACCACCUCGAAGCACAUUCCCCAGACUGAUACGGAAGGGGACCCCUUGAUGAAUAUGCUAAUGAAACUCCAGGAAGCAGCCAACUACUCGGGCACGCAAAGUUGCGACAGCGAUAGCAUUCGCCACCAUGAAGACAUUUUGGAUUCCUCUCUUGAAUCCACCCUCUAAAGGAUGAAAAGAGUUAGGCGAAGGACAGCGCUGUUCAAAGAUGCUUUAAAAGACAGGUGUUGCCACUAAACCACUGCCAGUAUGAAAGUCCCCUGUCCAGGGUCCUGACCCAGAGUUCAGAGUCGUUGGCCUCCAAGAAGGCAGCAGAAUUAGGUUGGAGC